AUGGCGACUCCUGGAUCGAUCCAGAAGGAAGAUGAUGAGUGGCGUGCGGUUCUUUCUCCGGAACAGUUUAGGGUUCUCCGGCAAAAAGGCACUGAAUAUCCAGGAACAGGAGAAUAUGUGGAUUUCGACAAAGAAGGAAUUUACGUCUGUGUAGGAUGCAAAACUCCGCUUUAUAAAUCCACCACAAAGUUCAACGCAGGAUGUGGCUGGCCAGCGUUCUUUGAUGGAAUCCCCGGCGCUAUAACCAGAACCACGGAUCCAGAUGGGAGAAGAACAGAGAUCAACUGUGCAGCAUGUGGUGGACAUCUUGGUCAUGUUUUCAAAGGAGAAGGUUUCGGUACUCCAACCGAUGAACGCCAUUGCGUGAACAGCGUUUCGCUCAAGUUCACACCCGCAAAUCCUUCCUUGUAA